AUGGCGAAGCUCCUUCGCUUCGCCGCCCACCAAGCCCGAACUCCCCCGGCCACCCAUUUCCGACGAUUCCUCUCCUCCGAUCCCACGAACCCCAAACAAGAGAUAGACAUCGAACGAGCCAAAGGCGGCGGCGGCGGUGGCGGCGGAGGACCGGAGAAUCUCGUGAAGAAGCUCGAAGCUCUCAUCCACCGCGGCCGCUUCGAGUCCGCCCUACCCCUCGCCAAAACCUUAAUCCUCUCCCACAGAGAGCCCUCUCCAGCUCCCCCCUCCGCCGCCACCCUCCUCGUCGCUGCCUGCGCCGACCUCAACCUUCCCGACGCUGCCCUCGACCUCCUCUCCUCCGUCCCCGAGGGCCGACGCCGGUUCCCUUCUAUCUAUUAUGGCAAGCUCCUGCUCGAAUACCUAGUCUCCGCUCGGAGAUACUCCGAUGCCCGGCACCUCUUUUCCUUGAUCGUUUCCUGUGGAAUUUCCCCUGAUACCCCGGCCUACAACAAAGCCAUCCAAUCUGCAGUGAAAUCCGGCGAUGUCGAUGGAGCUCUGGGGCUAUUGGACCGGAUGAAGGGAAUUGAUCGAAGAAAUCCCGACGCUUUCACGUACAAUGUUCUAAUCUCUGGUUUAUGGAGGAAGCGGAGAGCUGGGGACGCCCAGAAGCUGUUUGAUGAAAUGGUGGAGAGGGAAAUCGCGCCGACUAUUGUCACAUAUAACAUGAUGACGGAUGGGUAUUGUAAAGCUGGGGACUUGGAUUCUGCUUUUGCGAUCCGGGACAGGAUACGGGCCUCUGGUUUGAAGCCGAACCUCAUCACGUACAAUUCACUGCUUUCUGGGCUCUGUCGUGCUCCCCGCAUGGACGAAACUAAACAGUUGUUGGAGGAAAUGGAGGCUGCUGGGCUUGUGCCAGAUGGGUUCACAUACAGUAUUCUAUUUGAUGGGCAUUCAAGAUGUGGGAAUGUGGAGUCAUCGCUUACUUUGUUUGAGGAAUCGAUGGAAAAGGGUGUCCAGAUUUCAGCCUACACAUGCAGUAUUUUGUUGAAUGGACUUUGCAAGGACGGGAAGGUUUCGAAAGCCGAAGAGGUCUUGGAGAGGUUGACAGAAAAGGGUUUAGUUCCAACAAGUGUGAUUUAUAAUACGAUCGUUGAUGGCUACUGCCGAGUUGGGUAUUUGGAAGGGGCCUUCUCUGCCAUAAGGCGGAUGGGAUCACUUGGGUUGAAGUCUGACUUCAUCACUUACAAUUCACUGAUAAAUGGACUCUGCAAAUUAGGGAGGAUGGCUAAGGCAGAGGAGAUGGUGAAAGAGAUGGUGGAGAAGGGAGUGUUCCCAAGUGUGGAGACCUACAAUUCUCUCAUCGAUGCCUAUGGGAGAGAUGGCAAAUUUGAAAGGUGUUCUGGAAUUAUUAAGGAAAUGCAAGAGAUGGGGAUCAAACCGAAUGUUGUUUCCUAUGGUUCUCUGGUUAAUGGCUUGUGUAAGAAGUGCAAGCUCGUUGAAGCAGAAGCCAUCUUCCAGGACAUGGUAGCCAGAGAUAUUCAGCCCAAUGUGCAAAUCUACAAUAUGCUCAUUGAUGGAAAUGGUAAACUGGGCAAUCUCAAACGUACCAGUGAAUUGAUUGAGGACAUGAAGAGGAGAGGGAUUUCUCCAAGUAUCGUAACUUAUAAUUCUUUAAUAAAAUGUCUCUGUGGCGAGGGAUUCCUAUCUGAAGCUGAAGAUUUGGCAUUUCGAUUAAGAGUUGAAGGUCUGAGCCCUGACGUGAUUACAUAUGGUACUCUAAUCUCUGCAUAUUGCAAUAUUGGCAAUGCGAAGAAGGCAAUUGAAUUCUAUCAAGAGAUGGAGAAGUUAGGCGUCAAACCAACCUUAGCUACAUAUCAUUCACUAAUAAGUCGUUUGGGCAAGGAUGGAAGAAUGUAUGAACUUGAUACUUUAUAUCAGCAGAUGUUGCAGAACAAUCUGGCUCCUGAUAGGGGUGUAUACAGUGCACUGAUUAAUUCGUACAUGAAAUAUGGAGAUGAAAGAAGAGCACUUGCUUUGCAGCAAGAGAUGGAAGACAGGGGCCUAUCACUUUAUGAGGUGACAUGCACUAGAUCAGAGGUCGGCAUGUGUACAGAAGGUCAGAUAUAA